GAUAGAAAACAAUCGUAUAGAAAAUAAACAAACCUGGCACAUAAACUCCAAAAAAGUAUUUACUAAAGAGAUCCUGCGGAUGUCAACUAAACACUGGAUAUCGUGCUAAAAUGGAUCAAAUGGACGCCAAUAACAAUAGCAAAGACAAUACCAGCAAAUCGUUGAUGUCUUUGAAAGGAUGCAAGGAAUGGCUUGAACAGCAGAGGUUGAAUUAUGAAACAGAGCUUAACAGCAUGAGAAAACUAGAUCAGGAGAAGCUGGAAGGCAAGGAAGAAUCAAGCAUAGAGGAAUUGUGUGAAAGUGUGUCACGUCUUCAAGAAGAGUUACUGGAUGUCUCCUCAACACAUUCAACCAAACAACUUAUUCUGGAAAGGUUGCUCUCAGGUUACGUAAAAAUGAAAAUUUUAUUUCCUUCCGGAGAUAUGGAUUCGGGGAAGACCAGUGAACAAAAAGAAGACGAGUUUGCAAGCCAAUGUGAUGAACAGCAAAGAUUAUGCAAAGAUAUACAAAAGUACCAGCAGGCACUGGAAGAGGAAGAAGGCAAUUUAAGAGAUAUAGGAAGACAACGCCUUGAGGUGACAAAAAGAUGUGAAAAAUUGAUGGCAGAAUUACAGGACUUACAAACUCGAAAACAAACUAACAAGACCGAGAGGGAAACUAAAAAAGAAUCGAACUUGCGACAGCAAAUUCAGGAGCGCCAAAAUAUGAUGGAAGUUGCAAGAAAUAUAUGUCAGGCCCUGGUAUUUGGAAGUGGCGUGGAUUUUUCCCAGGACAAAGAGCUAAAAGAAAUGAUCCUUAGCUUUGGAAGACCUAUUAAUCGGCUGGAUUUAUAAUCACAUGCACCAGCAAAAUGAUUAUGUUCUAUAGCCAAAGUAGUCGGACAAUGUAGUACCACUAUGCCAAUAUUUUGUGCUAAUUUACUGCAGAAACAAUCAAUUUCUGGAGAAAUAAUGAUAACAACUUAAAAAUUUGCACUGCGGGACUGAAUCAUCUGGCUGGCCACGCAAAUGAUUAUACUGUAUUGUAUGUAAAUAUAGUGUGUUAAGUUGACGAUGACAUGUGAUAUUGUAUUUAACGUGUGCCGAUCGUGGGGAUUAACACGUUAUCUGCAUGAACAGGACAUUGAACAGAACAUGACAGAACAGUUGAUUGGUUAAACUGUAUACAGGGUGUCCCAAAAAGGUAUCUUGCAUUGAAAUCAGAUAUUU